UCCAAUCUAGAAAACCUGUGGCAGCGCGUCUUUUUGGUUUCGAGAAUGCUUACGCACACUGUACUUUUAUUCCUGGCCUUGUCUCUAAUUUUAAACGCCGCUUAUGGAACUAUAUCACCAUCAGAUAAAAAGAAAUCAAAGACCGUACAGACGUUAGACCCUGGUUCGGAAGACGUUUUCGAGCGUGACUUGGUGCAGGAAGUUUUCAAAGUCGGCGAUGUUUUGAAGCAUCACCGCUCCUACUGCAAUACGAGAACGAAAACUAGGCGUUUCGCCGGUGAUGUGCUUGGCUACGUUACCCCGUGGAACAACCGCGGAUACGACAUCGCCAAGAUAUUCGGCUCCAAGUUUCGCUAUGUUUCGCCAGUUUGGCUUCAGCUAGAGCUUUCGCAAGAGACGGCGACGGGUUUUGCGGUUGCCGGACAGCACGACGUUGACGUGGGAUGGGUUCAGGACGUGAAAUCCGCCGGGGAAGCAGUGAAAAUGGUUCCUCGUGUUUUGUUUGAAAAGUGGACGCCCCAACUGCUAACGAAAGUAUCCACAUCAAAGAAGAAGAUGAGCGCAAUGGCAAAGACAUUAGUAGAUGUAGCCCAAAAAAGUGGCUUCGAUGGAUACGUCCUGGAAUUGUGGUCACAGUUUGGAGGACAUAUGACCGCCGAAAUGACAAAGCUUGUUCAACAUUUGGCCAAGGAGCUGCGAGCUGAGAACUUGGACCUGAUUCUUGUCAUUCCACCUGCCGUGUACCAAGGGGACAUGCCAGGAAUGUUUUCAAAGAAGGACUUUGACAAUUUGGUGGACCACGUGACUGCAUUUAGCCUGAUGACCUAUGACUACUCGAGCCCACAGAGACCUGGCCCAACAAGUCCCAUUGAAUGGGUACGCAAGUGUGUAGAACUCCUGGCUCCCGAGAAAGGUGCUCAGCGUGCGAAGAUACUUCUGGGCCUCAACUUUUAUGGUUAUUCAUAUACAAGUGGGGGUGGACCAAUCCUUGGAAGCCAGCUCAUACAAGAGCUCUCGAAAAGCAAGAAGCACGUGGUAAACUGGGAUGAUGAAGCGUCGGAGCACUACUUCGAGUACAAGUUGCAAGAUGGCAAGCGGACAGUCUUCUACCCCACCCUGCACUCAAUCAACGAGCGAGUGAAGUUAGCGGAAUCUCUAGGCACUGGUCUAGCUAUCUGGGAGCUGGGUCAGGGCUUGGACUACUUCUACGACCUUCUUUAAUGGGGGAUAGCUGUCCAGCUUAUAAUGUGCAUGCUUGUUUCACUUGUGGAUGCAACUACAUCGCCUUGGUUGGUACAUCGUCCCAUCAUGUUUCACCUGGACACUCACUGCCUGUUUUACGCGCCGUUCUGCAAGAACCAAGAUUCUGUUUUUUUUUUGUACAUUCUUCAUCUUGUUAACUCUUAUAAAAUUACUUAGUCUUGUU